ACAUUUUUUGCAAAAAUAGAGCAUACUACUGAUCGAAGAAAGGUUGAGAGAAACUUCAAAACCUCAGAUUCUCCCAUGGGAAACCCAGUUCGGGGGCCUUUCUCAGAAAAUAAAUUGCCAUUAUUUGGUCAUGCUGGAGACAGACCUACUGUUAUGUCUACUACCAGUACUUCUGGUCCAGUCAAAGAACAGCAGGUUAGGAGGAAUAGUACUGAAAUGAAAUCGUGUUUCUUUUUCUCUCCUGGAAUCAAACCUAUUGAUUCUGCUACUCUCAGUUACCAGUGUCAAAACUCGCAACCUGGAAAUUUUGUUGACCAGAAAAAGGAUAUAAAGCUGGCUGAAUUGAAUAGUCCACCCUUAGCCAAUCAAAACGCAGCUAAUAUUAUUGCUCAUAGGCAGAUUUCAAAAGGUUCAGAAAUGGAAGCUUCCAGGUCAGUGGAGUUGGCGUCCAAGAACAUGAAUCUUUUGACAUCUGGAUCCUUUAAACAGCCAACAACUAGUGGAAUUUCAGUUGGAGUACUGCCUAAUGGGAAAGUGGUUAACAGUGUGGAUAGUAAUAUAAUAGCCAGUUCACCGUCUGACAAGACCAAAACUGAAUCCCACUAUCACCAUGGACAGGGGCAGGGUCUUAGUGAUCCAGUCCAGCUGAUGAGAAUGUUAGCCGAAAAGGCUCCAGAUCAACAGAAACCCUCAAAUCAGUUGAGUGCACCUCAAGAUUCAUCACCUGCUCCAUCUAGUGAUUCAAAUGCUGCUGUAGCUGCUGCCCGUGUAUGGAUGUCUGUUGGGGCAGGUGGCUUUAGACAAGCUGGGGACUGCACAAAUUUACAGAAGAACCAGAUAUCUGCAGAUUCCUUGUAUAACCCAACUCAUGGUCUCCAGCCACUAGCAUCUCGAUUUCGUCCAGAGUUUUCUGCUACUGGGAUGCAUUUUCAGCCUGAGAAGAACACAUCAGUUCAUGCCUUUGUUCCACAAGGUCCUCAGCCUGUAAGAGUAAGCAGUGAAGUCCAGUUUCAAAAUCAGCCAAUGGUUUUCCCCCAGUUGGCAACUGCUGACUUGUCUAGGUUCCAGUUACAGUCUCCUUGGCAGAAUCUCAGUCCACAAAUGCUUGCAAAACAGAAGCAUGAAUCGCUUCCUCCAGACUUGAAUAUUGGUUUCCAGUCACCAGGGUCUCCAGGUCGACACUCAUCAGGCGUGCGGAUUGAUUCUCAGCAGCCUGAUCUGGCUCUGCAACUCUAGGACGCAGCAUUUUAGAGUCGAAGGCAAACUGUGAAUUGCGUGUCAAAUCAUGUUAAGAGGUUACAUCUUAAUUAGUUCCAUCUGAAAAUUUAUUUGCACAUCAGGAUUUGUGUAAGGCUGAUUUACAUGAAGAUUUAUCUAUUUUGCCGGGCAAUCAUUUCAAAAGCGUCUUCCUGCCUUUAGAUUAGGUUUUAUAAUAGCCAGAAGACACAAAAGAUGAUCAUUUUGAUCAGAGUUUAAUCGUUUGUAGAAGCUUCUUCUUUGUUGUCUACUUGCUGGUUCUGAUCGGAGUUUA